UUGAAUUAUUGAGGGGUGUUAGGUAGCACAUGUCGGUAAUAUAAAGUGCUGAAAUAUAAUUGGAUUGUACUACAGCUACCGGAAAAUUAAUUUCGUCUUCUCUAAUCAGACUGUAGCAGAGAAUUUCAAAGCUUAUUGAAGGAUGGCAGUAUUCUCUGAGGACACACAACUAUUGCUUUCAGAUCCUACAGAUGAUGAGAGGGUAAAGGAGGAUAAUUGCUUAUUCUCGUGGUUUUUAAAUUUGUUUAAAAAACCUCAUAAAUCUUUGGAUAACUGUUCAUUUGGUAAUUUCCCAUUUGAUCCUGAAGGAAACUUACGGAAACGAUUGAGAUUGAAGGAGGUUAAGUACAAAGACAAACAAUCUGGCAGUGGUGAUAGCGUUGAGAUGGUGAAUGCUCAUAAGCUGCAAAUUAAAUUCAACUAUGAUCUCUAUAAUAAAAUUCAAAAACUUGUCCAAACUAAUAAAUCAGAUUCUAGACGUCUUCCUGUAACACAAGACCUGUACCGCUAUGAGUUUGGUCCAGGAUUUGUUGAAGGAAUUCUAGGCAUGAAAGCAGGAGGGAUAAGAAGGAUCAUUUUUCCUCCAGAUGGAGGACUAACCGUAUUACAAGUGCAGGAUUAUGCAGUUCUAGAUGUGGAGCUGCUUCAAGUUUGCCCAUCCCCAGAUGCUCCCUCCUUGGAUUCUCAUAAUUUAUUUGGGGAAUUUCCAUUUUAUGAAGGAAAACCGAAAGAAGAAUAUAUUCGUGAUCACUACACAAAUGUUCCAAGGUCAGAUGUUAAAUACCUUGAUGCUUUCGUUCCUGCACAUAGUCAUAAUGCUCUUCCAAACCAUGGUAUUACGAAAUUAAAGGUUAAGUUCAAGUUUAAUCUGUAUUAUGAAUCCAAAGAACUUCAUCGAAGCAGCAAAGCAAAUUCAAAUUCAGAUUAUUCUGCUGCAGAAGUGCACCUGUGCUCGCAUAGUUUUGGUGAAGGAUUUGUGGAAGGAAUUCAAGGGAUGAAAAAAGGAGGAAUAAGAAGGAUUAUUGUCCCUGUCUCAAAAAAGGAUCAAAAAGACAGUUAUUCAAUUCUCUCCAAGAUGAAAAAUUAUGCUGUUUUUGACGUGGAGUUACUUGAAUUUGGCCCCUCAUUGGUAUGCCACCACAGGGGACAAAUUGCCGGAGAAGAGACGCCCGUAUGCUUCUGUUGACUUCUGUCUGCUUCAGUGAAAAAUUCGGAUAAGUUAAAUCAGUUUCCAUGAUUGAAAAUUAUUACUUUUAAUAAUAACUUAUGUGUGGUUAUUUAUCAUUUAUAUUUUUGUAUUAAAUGACAAUGGCUUGAAAAUUUUAUGAUAAUUUAUAUUAUUAUGGCGAACAAGUAUGUUUAUAAUCCUAA